GAGAGAGAGAGAGAGAGAGAGAGAGAGAGAGAGAGAGAGAGAGAGAGAUGGAGAUCACGAGCAAUAGUUGCAAUAAGAGCAAGAUACUCAUUUUUGGAGGCACUGGUUACUUCGGCAAACAUGUAGUGAGGGCUAGCGCGUCAUUCGGCCACCCCACCUUCCUAUUCGUUCGACCGGCCACCCCUCAAAUGCCUCCCUCCAGUCUACAACUUCGUGGCGAAUUUCGAUCUCUUGGUGUUACCCUUGUCCAGGGAGAAUUGGAGGAGCAUGAGAAGAUGGUAUCCGUUCUCAAACAAGUCGAUAUCGUGAUCUCCGUGCUUCCAGUAUCUGCUAUCCCCGAUCAAAUCAAAAUAAUCGAUGCCAUAAUUGCAGCUGGCAACAUAGAGAGGUUCCUACCAUCCGAGUUCGGGUGCGAAGAGGACAGGAUCACCCCACUCCCACCAUUCGAAGCAUUCCUGGAGAAGAAGAAGAAAAUCAGGAGGCUCCUCGAAGCAUCUACCAUUCCCUACACUUUCGUCUCCGCCAAUUGCUACGCCGCGUACUUCAUCAGUCUUCUGCUUCACCCUCACGACCCACGACCUGACCUCGUUGUCUAUGGGACUGGCGAGGCAAAGGCUGUGCUUAAUUGGGAGCAAGACAUUGCCAAAUACACUAUCAAAGUGGCAAACGACCCGAGGACACGCAACCGUGUUGUGAUUUACCGUCCGCCGGGGAACAUAAUCUCUCAGAACGAGUUGAUCUCGUCGUGGGAAAAGAAAACGGGUCGGAGAUUCGAGAAGGUAUGCGUGCAGGAGGAUGAGCUGAUCAAGCUCUCUCAGAGCUUGCCGAGUCCGGAUAACAUAGCGGUGUCCAUCUUGCACUCCGUAUUCGCCAGGGGAGAUCUGAUGAGCUUCGACCUAGACGAGGAUGACCUUGAAGCUUCGUGCUUGUAUCCCGAAAUCGAGUACACCACCAUCGACCAGCUCCUCGAUAUUUUCCUCGUCGACCCUCCGGAGCCUGCUCGCGCGGCAUUGGAAUGAUGAUUUGCAUUUAAGCUUGCGACUCAUUGCACAUCAUUUGCGUAGUUAUGAUCAUUCCUUGUUUUAGAGCGCUUGAACUCGAAUCGCAAUCGGUGGGAUCAUGCAGCAAGAUUCAUGCUUUAUUCAUCUGGUCGGGAUUUGUCAAUCACUGAUAGAACUCUAUAACAAGUCAUUUGAAUUACAUAUGUCAAAUGAAUUUCUAAUAUAAUACAAUAUUUCAUAA